AUGGUCACCCCCGGCGGCGAAGUCGCCUUCAUCACCAAACGCCUCCUGCCCGAGUCCCUCGCCCUGCGCGAGCAAGUCGGCUGGUACACGGCCAUGCUGGGCAAGCACACGAGCGUCUUCGCCGUCGUCGACGCCCUGCGCGCCGCCGGCAUCGACAACUAUGCCGUGACCGAGUUCGUCCAGGGCAGCAAGACGCGCCGCUGGGCCGUGGGCUGGAGCUUCGGCCCCAUGCGGCCCGACGAACACGUCUGCCGCCGCAUGGACGAGCCCUCGUGGCGCAGCGUCCUGCCCGCCCCCGUGCGGCACGACGUUUUUGCCGCGGGAGCGGGCUCUGUUGGCACCGAGCGCCUGGUCGCGGGCGUCAAUGCCCUCGGGCAGGCGCUGGAGCUCGCGGAGUGGGUGUGGGACGAGGCGGAGUCGUCGGGCCGCGGGAGGGCGAGGCAGAACGUGUGGAGCCGGGCGUGGCGGCGCAAGAAGAUGCGCGCGGAGAAGGAUGGAGAGGCUGGGGCGGCGGAUUUGGAAACGGGACUCGGGGGUAAGGAUGCUGCCUGCGCGAUUGGGUUCAAGCUCUCCGUCGUCGUAGGGUUCGAGGAGGUCAAAGUCAUUUGUCGGUGGACGGAGGGGCACGACCACCUGCUGUUAGAGAGUCUAUUGGGGUUUCUACGAACGCGGAUCAGCAGUCUGAUGAAGUAG